UGAUACCGUUUUUGUGUUUGCCUUUUUGUGUUUAUACGAGUAGUAAUAGUUUUCAGUUUUUUACGUUUGUACUUUGCAGUAGUUCGAAGUUCUGUUCUGAUCUUUCAGUUUUUUAUCACUUGACGUUUUCAGGUUGGUUUCUCCGGAUAGAACGGCGUACGUCAAACGCUUCGCAUUAUUAAAGUCCUACUCAUUGGUGCAGCUUGUUACAACUGCAAGUUAGCUGCAAGUAGCACAACAAAUCUCCUCGAGAUUGCUUGCCAUUACCCCGUUCCGUAUGCCUGCAAGUGCCAAUCGCACUCUAGAAUGACGAGUUUUCAGAGAAGGAUAUCGCUGCUCAAGCCCAUGAAUGAUAGUAGAAACCAGUUAUCAUGGGGGAAUUCUCUGCCACCGAUCUCGUACAAAGAAUUGAUCCGCGUCGUCGGUGUGGAUCCCGAUUUGGGACCGUCGUCCUGGCGCAAAGCCAUCGAUCAUUCCGCGGAUACCGUGGUGUUCUACCAGGUGGACAUCCGCGCAGCAGUACCCUAUAUGUGCAAAAGUAUUCGCAUCUUGCGUGGUAUGGAGAACGGCAUCGAGCAGUUGCUGCCAUCCGUGUACAUUGGUAGCGCGGUGCUCGGUUUAUCAUACGUGAAAACGGUUAUUGGACGAUCGUAUCUGGCUGACGAAGACGAUCUGAUGAAGCUGUUGGAGCAUGCAGGCAUGCUGCAGACCACCGAGGAAGCUGCGGCGACUGUCCAGGAAUCUGACUGUUAUCUUUCUGAACCGGUAGCGGAUGAUAUGGAGAAUUCUGUGCCUUAUCCUUCUCAUCUGGCCGAUGAGGCUAGUCCCCGAGCGAAACGCGUCAAGCGUGCUGCACACGGUGCGCCGAAACCUGCAUCCCGACAGUCAGUCAACAGUAACCCCAGUAAGGUUGGUCUGCGUACGGAUACGACGUCUGGACGACACCCAACUGGUGGCCGUGAAGCCACAGAUUUGACGAAUCUCCUGAUUUUAACGCCAACUAAUUUUGGCGCGAAUGUACCCAGCACAUCCACCGCAAACGGGCCUCAGAUUUUUUAUGUGACCAAUAAUACCGCUCCAACAAAAACAGUGAGCCAAGGCGAACCUGGCAGCGAAGGAGCGUCGGAAGAGUAUUCCCUACAUACAGAGAAGCCUAAAUCUCAAGAAACUGUGAGCGAUGAAGAUGUUGAAGUUAUAGAAAAACCCGAUGCGGACGAUAGUGAAUGGGAUGAGGGACAGGAAGGAGGUAUUGGCAAAAGCGGCUCAAAAUCUAAAAAGCGUCCUUUUACCGAUGAACAGCACAGAUUUAUUAUUACACAACGCUUGGACAUGGAAGAUCAGUUUCUAGACACCAAAAUGAAGAAGCCACUCUGGGACGAAAUUGUCGAAUCGAUGAAGGAAUACUGGCCGCUGAUGCCCCAUACGGCAGCUAAUGUCGCCAAACGAUUUGAAAAUUCUUUCCAUAAAUACAAGACCGAGAAAAGAACUCAUCAUGAUCUCGGCAGAUCUCGAUCGACAUGGCCGUACUUUGAUCUGUUUGAUUCUGUGUAUGGUCGCAGACAGCUGCCGGCGAAAACGAAAGCACCUGAAACUCGGGCAUCUACUGGUCAAGUAGAAGGAGCAAGUUCAAGCGAGUCGCCCACAGCAGGUGACGAUGCAAAUGAAGGAAAUUCCAACAAGAGCAGCGAGUAAUCGACGCGUUCUCCGAAAUAAAAGAGCAACAACUACCAUCUCCUUUUUCAGUAGAAGUAUUGCUGUAAGUAAUGCAGCAAUUACUGUUACGUUUUAUAAAAUGUUGGAUAUCUGUAUUCUGUACCUAGUUGUAUACUCCGCUGGCUUCUGUUGACCUCUACUAGAAGAUUUGUCUUAUGCACUUUUAUUUGUAACAUUAUUGUUAUUUGCUCUAUAAAUAUUCGC